ACGUGACAAUGACGUAGUGGAUAUUUUGGUGAGACCAGGAAGUGCGGAAGAAGGCAAAACUCGAAGCCCAAAGAGCCGAACUUUCAGUGACAAUUUAGCCUUUUUUCAGCGACGUGUCGCGGACUGCUUGUGAGUACGUGUUGGUGUGAGUGUUGAGCUUCCGAAGACCUGCUUUAAGAUGCCGAGCAUGGAAAAAAAUCUUUUCAAUUUAAAGUUUGCUGCCAAAGAACUCCAAAGAAAUGCCAAAAAAUGUGACAAAGAGGAAAAAGCAGAGAAGGCAAAAGUCAAAAAGGCCAUCCAGAAGGGAAACAUGGAAGUGGCAAGGAUCCAUGCAGAGAACGCCAUCAGACAGAAGAACCAGUCUGUGAACUUCCUGAGGAUGAGCGCUCGAGUAGACGCAGUGGCUGCAAGAGUCCAGACAGCAGUCACAAUGAACCAGGUCACAAAGUCUAUGGCUGGAGUAGUGAAAGGCAUGGAUGCCACCCUGAAGAGUAUGAAUCUUGAAAAGAUCUCAGCUCUCAUGGACAAGUUUGAGCAUCAGUUUGAAACUCUGGAUGUCCAGACAGCCCAGAUGGAGGACACCAUGAGCAGCACCACCACACUCACAACACCACAGAAUCAAGUGGAGUCUUUGCUGCAUGAAAUGGCUGAUGAAGCUGGUUUGGAUUUGAACAUGGAGCUUCCUCAAGGACAGACGGGUUCAGUUGGUACCAGUGUGGCCUCCGCAGAACAGGACGAACUGUCUCAAAGGCUCGCCAAGCUCCGAGAUCAGAUGUAAAGAUGGACUGGAGGGUUCUCCGUCGCUUGUACACUACCUGAAUAUUUCUCGCUUUUAUUUACUUUUUCCUCUUCUCGUGACAUCUCAUGCAUCUCUGACAAAGAGCAACUGUAUAGAUUUAUUUUUUCUCUUCCAAAUCGGUGAUGGCCCAUGUUAGUCUUCUAUUCACAGCAACAAACAGUAGCAACUAAAAAAUCUUCAAUGUUUUUACAAAAUGUCAGAUCUAGAGGAUAUUCAGGUUUGCUUUAUGGGUUGUGUAAAUCGCGUUGGAGGAGUUGGUGUCCUUUGUGCAGCAGGCAGCAGUCACUGUGUGGUCAGUUUGGAGAAUCAACAGAUUUUAAAGGAACAGCAACCAACCAAAAGAACCACCAGAAGAGAGUCUUAUCAUAUAUUCAACUUUUAAAAUUAUUAAAAAAAUAAGUUUUCUUACCACCAUGUUACCUUGAUUUGUGGCUGUUAACUGAUGUUCUACUAAACUUUAAGUUUAUUAAACAGCAUGUCUUAACUGAUAAGGGAUUUAAUUUGCAGUCCCUGUAAAUACCUAGUGAAAAAGCACUUCAGUGUUAACAUUCACAGUAAAAUGUUAAACAAUUCUAAUAAAAACAUAUUGAGUUAUUCGUUUUAAAUACAUAAAAUAUUGGCCCUCUGGUGGUCAAAAAGAACACUUACGUCUGUCAAAUCUUUUCUUCUCCAGAAUUCUGAAAACAAUUUGGUUCCUAACUUCUGCAUAUACAAUACUGACUACUUUUAAGUACUUCACAGUCCAUUUCAAAAAAAUGCUCUACAUUUUUUACUGAUUAAAACAUUAUCAUUUAAUUAAAUUGAUGCCUAUUUAACUUAAUCAAAUUGUGAUUUCAAAGGAAAGCCAGUUAUCACAUAUUUUUCUUCUGUUUCACACAUUUCUGGUGAUAAAGUUUUGGACAGUUUUCUGUUCCCUUAUUUUUCUAUUCCUAGAUUAUGGAAAACUUCUCCCCUAAAUGGUGAACUAACACCAACUUUUGUUUUCUUUGUGUCCAUUGUUUUUGGACAGUCCUGGGAAGUUGGUUGGUUUCUCUUCUGUUGUCAUUUACUCAGUAAUGGGUCAUCUUUUUGGAAGAAGGCUGUAGUUUGGGGAUUGAGCUGUGAUGGAACAAUAAAGUUUUAUGAUAUGUACAUUGCCAUUUA